UUCUUAUAUUAAUCUGUCAAUUCUGACAUAAAAUUCUAACCAACAAUUUAUCAAUUCCAUAACCUCAAAUCUUUUAUAAAACUGUCUUGCAAUAAUAACAAUGUUUAAAUACUGUAAUUUACUGUUUUAUAGGCCCGACAUACGACAUGUAACACUAGGGCAUUUAAGUAGUUCAGCUGUUGUAAGGGAAAAGUGGGACCUUUUAACAGCAGUGUGUUUGGAACGAAAACCAUUAAUUACAACACCUUUAUUAAAAAUUGAAGAGGAUUAUAAACAUUUGCAGUCACAAAUUGAGUUUGAACGAAGUUUAAAGUCAGAUCAUGAAGUACGGCAUGAGAAAGAACAGAAGCAGUUGGAACAGUUGAAGAAAGGUGCGGAUAUAGAGGUACAUUUGAAGGACACUGCCCAAGAUUUAGUUGAUGCCAGUACAGAGGAAUUUUCCAAAUUUAAAUUCGCUAGCAGAGUAACUGAAGCUGAUAAGAAAAAUGAUCUCAAGUCACUCAACAGAAAACUAGAUAAACAUCUAGUUCUAGUUACAAAACAGAAAAUUGGUAAAGAUAAUUUUUAUCUGCUACCACAGGCUUUGAGACAAGAUGGAGAAACCUUGCGUCAAACUGCGGAAAGAAUUGUGAAAGACACUUGUGGAGGCAACUUGAAGGCGAUGAUAUAUGGUAACGCUCCAUCUGCUUUUUACAAAUAUAAGUAUCCUAGUAUUGCAAGAAAAGAUGCGGUUGGAGCAAAGGUUUUCAUUUACUUUGCGCGAUAUGAGAAAGGCCAAUUAGAAAAUGAAAAAGUUGAUUACAAAUGGCUAGAUCGAGAAGAACUUGCGAAAAGUCUACCGAAUGACUAUGUAAAAAGUGUUUCACAAAUGCUUAUUGAUGAGUAAUUUUUGUUGGUAGUUUAAUAAACAUAUUUUGUAGA